UUCCAUUUCACAGAACCAGACUUUGUGGGCUCUUACGAUAUCGGCCAAUACGUAUUCUUCUUCUUCCGCGAGACCGCCGUCGAGUACAUCAACUGCGGCAAGAGCAUAUUUUCCCGCGUUGCCAGGGUGUGCAAGAAGGACACGGGUGGCAAGAGCAUACUUAGCCACAACUGGGCCACGUACCUGAAGGCCCGGCUUAACUGUUCCAUACCCGGAGAAUACCCGUUCUACUUCAACGAAAUCCAGAGCAUUUACAAGGUGCCGGACGACGAUACACUUUUCUACGGCGUGUUCACCACGUCCACUACCGGUUUGAUGGGCUCUGCCAUAUGUACUUUCCGGCUAGAGGACAUAGAUCACGCGUUCGCGGGCCGAUUCAAGGAACAAGCCAGUUCCACGUCAGCCUGGCUCCCAGUACUGUCUACCAAGGUACCGGAGCCCAGACCCGGACAGUGUGUCAAUGACACGGAGACUUUGCCAGGUAAAUUAUAUGAAAACCGAUCAGUUUAAAAUGACUUGAUCGGA